AUGUCGCAUUAUCGAGACUAUAAAAGAGGACUAGCGAAGGAGCUCUCUGAGCCGCUCGACAAUAUGAUGAACAACGGCCACAUGAGAGAGUCGAGGACCGGCACGGCUGUCCUGGACGAUAUCGAGGUCGACGUUUUCGUUGCAUUCUGCGAGUUUGCCUACAAGGGGUCUUAUACCACUCCUGAUAUUGUGGUACCAGAGACAGAAUCUCCCGGGGAACCGUUGAAACCGUUAAAGAACGGAGACGCUCAAAAUGACGCUGGAGAUGCGCACACACAUGUUCAUAGUCACGGAGUUGUGGCUGAACCGGUAUCUUCUCCUCCGCCGGAUAUCAUCGAAGUUGAAAAUGAGGUGUUUGAUAGCUGGGUCACGGGACACCGAGGAGGCAAGAAGAAGAAAAAGAAGACAUCCAGUUUCGUCGAAUGGAAUGAAGUGCCGCAACCUGAACCAGAACGCGUCACAGAGCGACUCUGGAAGUCGUUCAAAGCCCAGAAGGUUGUAGAGCCAAGCACACCGGCGCCGCCGGACAGGUCGCCGGUGCUGACCUUCCACGCGAAAGUAUACGAUUUCGCUACCAGGUACCUCAUCCAGCCGCUGCAGGAUCUCAGUCUCAGCUACCUGUAUCACGACAUGUGCCAGUUCCCCGUGACGGAGGAGAACCUGUGGGACAUCUUUGAUCUAGUGCAGUACACAUACGACCACACCAACAGGGACGACCCCUCGGGGUCACUGCUGCGAGGGCUGGUCGCCCACUAUAUAGCCAGCAAAGCGGACGUGCUCGUCCACGAUGAUCGAAUGGCGCUUAUCUCUGGAGAAGCGGGUCAAGAUCUGGUGCGUCUGUUGGUAGAAUGA